CUUUAGUCCCAAAUGAGUUCAAUCUUCACAGUGAUUACACUGUGAACCACAAUGCUCUUGUUCCCAUCCAAAAUAACUCAAAUUUGAGGAAUCACCACCACCAGUCCAAUAGCUUCCUUACUCCUGAUAUCACAAAUCAUGCCAAUAUGUUUCCUCCACCUAUUGCUUAUACUUGUUAUCAUGAUUCACAAACUUCUUCAUCGAGUUUAAGAAUCAACAAUUCCAGUAUGGCUCAUCAGAUGAGAUCCAAUAUGGUUUCUCCUUUCAGUAUGCCUUGCACUGCUCAAAUCUCAGAUUUUGUUGCAGUUUCUAAUGUUUUUAAUACUUCCAAUCCAACCAUUUGGAAUUCUACAUCUAAUCAGCUUCAAAAUGUUUUUGAUGAACGCUAUCAAACCUUCACUCCUAAGCCCAUCGAUUACUUUUGUUUCCAACAAAACUCGACAUCUCCAAAUUGCCAAGUUCCCAAAGAUGGUUCGCUGGUGAAGAAAAUUCACAAAAUGAUUGGGUCUUAUCCAGAAUUUGACGACUAUGUUAAUUACGAGGAAGGCGAAGGCACUGAAGAUAAUGAAACCGUAGAGUGGAUACACAACCUACCCUACGAAAAUGACGGCUCAUUUAUAUGUCUCAAGUGCAACUGUUUGUUUGAUACAUCACAAAUAUUGCAUGCACAUCUGCAGUUUCAUUGUAGGAGCGAUACUAACGAGGUGAGCAAGAAAAGACUUAGAGUUCAUCAUCAAGAGGUUCAUGGUAAAUCUCAUAAGAUCAACAAGGAUCAAACCGGAGGACAAAGUUUUAGAAGAAAGUGAAGCUAUAAAGAUGAAAUAAGUGGU